GCCACUUGUACAGCAUUCUAACAGUAAAUUUGAAUUUGUCAAUCUGUUGAGAUACAGUUCGAUCCUCUUUCGUAUGUGUUUCAACGAUUGCAGAACCCAUUCAGUUGGUAGUUCAGGUUCAGCUAUUGUGACAACCACGUCAAAAUGCCGCGCAGAAAGAUGCCUGAUGCGAAGGACCGUCGGAAGCGCCAGAAUGCCGACGCUCAGCGGGCAUACCGCGCGAGGCAGAAGACUAAGGUUCGGCAUCUGGAGCAGAUGGUCGCCGCUGCGUGGGUAACGCAAGAACCAGCAGCGCAAGACUGCGUCAAGGAGGUUUCGAUUUGCCCUCCUACUCGCUAUGCGGUAGCCGAGUCAUCAAAUAACAAGGUGGAGGCGUAUACCGCUUCAUGCAACCUUACAGCUUCGGACAUUUACCAGGCGUUACUAUCCCUCUCAGCACAUGAAAAUAAGAAAGGUUGGGGUAUCAUGGUGAGGGAAAACUUUACACUUCGUGACGUAGUGAAGUACGGGUUGAUAGCCAUAGGAUACUCCAUGGAUCCGGUACUGUACGAGAGUGCCUUAUCGCUGUCAUCUCGUGAGUGGAUCGCAGCCGUGAAAGCGCGAUGCGGCAAUGUCGAUAUGCGGCAGGUCGUCGUUGCUGGCCUUACGAUACUAGCUCAUCUUACGGCACCGAAUGAACAGCCGGCACUUGAAUGGCUCCAGCCGACUUAUCCUAGACCCUCCAGAGACGUCAUUCAUCUAAACUCGAUGUCAUAUGCGUCGGCAAUGCGCGCGAUAGCAGCUCAGCUCAGCAUAACGACAGAGUAUCUAAUGGACGAGAACGCGCAGUCACUAUUCUACAGCGUUGAUCACAGUCGGCUGAGCGAGCAUGAUAACGACCCGAGCGACGAUGACACAGCUCUUCAAAAGAUCACCCCGGAUCUGAGACCGACCUUCAUCCAGCGUUCUCGGGCUCAUCACCCUUGCUUUGACUUGAUACCCUGGCCAUCUUUCCGCUCCAGCGCCAUCGUACUCGCUUCUGGAGCCUCACCGCAGAUAGACGAGGACGACCUCUGUAUCGACAUGCUGGGCGGGGGAGUUCGAUGCUGGGGCUCCGCAAUGGGUUCUAUGCAUGGGCGUGGAAAUGGUGUGCCGUGGGAUGGCCGCAGCUGGGAAGCGAUGCCAUGGUUCCUGGAGAAAUGGAAGGGAGUUAUAAGAGACGAUAAAGACGGCAUGGUACAGACCAGUGCUUGGUGGAGGGGCUUGCGGGGCUGCUAGGAGGCGGGAAACCUUAUGAAUGACAAGAUGCAAUACGCCUCUGUAUGGAUUUCGCAAACUUCCCUAGGAAGUUAUGUUCUAGUUACUACUUUAUGCAUAGAGAGGACAAGAAAGGGAUACAAAGAGAAACAUGAGAAAUCAUGAUAGGGUAGCAUCAAAUCCAUCAGGAAAUAUAUGGCUUCAGCUGUUUCUCCGUCCACUCCCAGUACUUCUUGCCUAGCUCCUUGUCACGGAGAUCUUCUCGUCCAGCUGCGAGUCGACCAAAGGGAACCACUAGAGUUGUCGUCAGCAUUGGAUACAACACUUCAAAAUCAGAGUGACUUACCCCAGC